AAGAUGUCCAAACCAACAACUGUGCAAUUAAUUGGUGGCAAAGGAGGUUCUCCAUUUUCAUUUACUGGGGUGAAGAAGGAUGCCAAUUUACAGAAGAUUGGGGUCUGGGUGGGAGAAUCCCAGGUUAAGGCUGUCAAAGUCUGGCUUUCAGAUGACACAAAUGAAACCUUUGGCAAGUCAGAUGGGUCGUACCAAGAGUACGCUUUCAAGUCUGGUGAGUGUUUCACCUCACUGUCCCUCUGGGAGAACGGAGAAGGAACACGUCUUGGAGCCAUCAAAUUCAAAACUAACCAGGGUGGGGAAUUCUUUGCAAAAAUGACCAAAUACUCACUACCAAAAGAGUAUCCAGUGGAUGUUGGCUCUGGGUUUUGUCUGGGAGUUGAAGGAGGAGUUGAUGUAGAUAUUCGCAGACUAGGAUUCGUGUUUCUAAGUGUAGUUCAAUACACGGUUCUCACUGAUGUGAAAUAUCCCACUCUCCAGCAGCUAAAACCAAAGGUGUCAGUGGAAGAGAUCAAAUCCAUCACUUACAGAAAUAAUGACCACACUAGUCAAAAUAAAACAGUUGAAGCUUCAAAGAAAGUGAUCAAAACAGCCUCAUGGUCCAUGAGUGAAAGCUUUACCGAAACAUUCAGUGUGAAAGUGUUGGCAGGGAUUCCAGGAAUUGAAGAAGAUUCUAUAGGAUACAGUGUCAGCGUUGGAGAAGAAGAUACUUACAGUCGGGAGUACACUGAUGAGAGAACCCAAAUUCUGACUACCACUUUAGAUGUGCCACCUAAAAAGAAAGUGGAUGUUGACAUCACCAUCGGCAGAGCCACGUUUGACCUGCCUUACACCGGCAAGGUGAAGAUCACGUGCAAGAACGGCAGUGUGGUACAGUACGAAACCAGCGGCCAAUACAAAGGCAUCACUUACACUAAAAUGAAAGUGAAUACUAAAGAAUCUGAUUUGUAA